AUGAAAUUCAUGAACGGCCACGCAUUGGUGAUGAAUCCCAGCGGGCCAACUCCUAGAAUAUACUCCCUCUUAGGGGAAGUUAUCAAGCAACCGGAUGAUGACGGAGAAGAGACAGAUGAGCGUGAUGCUGACGGUUGUGAUGUCUGCGAUGAGUACGACGACGAGUUAUUCUUUUGCCAGGCUUGUAAGUGGAAGUUUUGCGGUGGUUGUUGGAGAGCACAGGCUGUACAUAAACCGAAAAGAAAAGCAUCACAGCCUGCUGAGCACGUCAAAAUUCCCCUUUCCGUCGUGAGGCUAGUCCAGCCGGCCUUUUCAAAUCCACCGGACGACAAAAGUCUUGAGAAAUGGUUGGCUGCCGAAGAAGACGCGGCAUGGUUUGGGGUAGGGAAGUCCGUGAAAGACAGCCCACUUUACUUCCACGAUUAUGGGAGAUAUUCUGGCCUUAUGGCAGCCACGAAUGCUUAUUUGAAGUCUCACGAGCGAACCAGCUCAGUGUACGAAGAGAUAUAUGAUGAUUUCCCAUUCCCGAAUCCUCGAGCCCCCAGUCUUGUUUCAUUUGUUGGUCAGACUGGUGCUGGAAAGAGUACACUCAUCAAGCUUCUGAUCCAGAUCAAAGAUUCUGCAGAAGGACUCAAUUUCCAUCGCCCGGUAGCGGGAUUGCCUGGAAAAGAUGUCCCUACUUCAGAAGACGUCCACCUGUACCUGGAUCCAGGUUCCUCUCUAUCCACUAAUCCGAUCCUGUAUGCAGAUUGCGAGGGUAUCGAUGGUGGGGCAAGAGAGCCCAUGGCAACUACAUUUCGGCACAAGCGCGACGAGUCCGAAACCGAGGGGGACAAUAGAGAGACCGUUUCAAAUCAGAUUUCGUCCAAACGAGAGCUUCACUGGGCUAAAUCCCCACUAGAACGGACACGGCAAUUCGUCGUUGCUAAAUUUUACCCGCGCCUGCUAUUUACAUUCUCUGAUGUUGUCAUUUUUGUCCAUAGAAAUCCGAGGACAAUUGAAAGCGUUCUGGAGAAGCUCAUUGAGUGGGCGACCGAUGCGUUAGAGGCAUCAUACAAUCACCCUAUCCUCCCUUAUGCAGUCAUAGUUUUGAAUAGUACCCCCGCAAAUAUUCAACAAAGCUUGUGGGAUGUUGAUGUUGCGACAGAAGCGCUCCUUGACUCCUUGUCCAAAACUCUGAACCGGAAUGUUGUCUUCGCUGAGUAUGCAAAAUCUUGGAAAGCACGAGGCCGAAUUCUCGAGAAUGUCGAGGAUCUAAUGAUGUGCUAUUAUAGCUCUGUUAGGGUCGUUCACCUCCCAGUCGACACAGAACCUAAGCUAGUCCUCGACCAAGCUCAGAAGCUCUACACGGAAAUUACAUUUGGAUGUAAAGUUGCCAGGGAGAGAAAAUCCGAGUUACGAAUGCUACUUGACGAAGACAGCUUGCAGCACUAUCUUCAGCAUGCUUUCGAUCAUUAUUCCCGGACUCUUGAAAUUCCCUUUGACUUUGUGCAAGCAUCUUUUCUGUUCAAUCCCAUUCCAGCGAAUUUUGGAGGCAGUAUUCUGAAACUGGCAAUCGCCUUGAAAGAUCAACAGAAAACGCCAGACGCUCGAGCUAUAUUCGAGAGGUUGAGUCGUUUAGUCGCAUCCUGCAUUCUCUUAGAUGCUGCACGACACAGAAUUCUAGGUACGUCAAACAGAAGACCUAUAGCGGCAGAGGUAUAG